AUUCCUUUUCCCUUUGGUUGGGCUGCUACAUUUUUCCCACCCUUCUGGGCAGCCGCAUCAGGAGUUGGAGUUUGGCGACUGCCUGCAGUUCCGAGGCUUAGGUCCGAACCGGGUCCGCCAGCGGGGCGCGCAGAGCCGAGAAGGGCUCCCCUACAGGUGAACGUCCGAUGGUUUCGUCCGACCCCGCGCGCGCGUGCGCGCGCGCGGGAGUUGCUGAGGGGCGGGGCCGCUGCGCACUUAAGGGCGGUUGGACUAGCCGAGCUCAGACCUCGUCAGCGCUGUCGCCGAGGGAGCUUCUCGCUGCUGAACCGGUCUUCAACCCUCUGCCGCCAUGGCCUGCAGACCCAAAAGCCCACCCCGGUAUGGGAGCGGCCGCGACGGCGUUGCAAGCCCGCGGUCCCCUGCGAGAUGGAGCCUCGGACGGAAACGCCGAGCGGACGGAAGGGACCGGAAGCCCGAGGACUCCGAGGAAAGCGAGCGCCAGAUUGCGGACCGUCGACCUGAAAGCUUUACAACUCCUGAAGGCCCUAAGCCCCGUUCUAGAUGUUCUGACUGGGCAAGUGCAGUUGAAGAAGAUGAAAUGAGGACCAGAGUUAACAAAGAGAUUGCAAGAUACAAGAGAAAACUACUCAUAAAUGACUUUGGAAGAGAAAGGAAAUCUUCAUCAGGAAGUUCUGAUUCAAAGGAGUCUAUGUCUUCAGUACCAGCUGAUGUGGAGACGGAUGAAAGUGUCUUAAUGAGAAGACAGAAGCAGAUCAACUAUGGGAAGAACACUAUUGCCUAUGACCGAUAUAUUAAAGAGGUUCCCAGACACCUGCGACAACCUGGAAUCCAUCCUAGGACCCCCAACAAAUUUAAGAAGUAUAGCCGGCGAUCAUGGGAUCAACAGAUCAAACUCUGGAAAGUGGCUCUGCAUUUUUGGGAUCCUCCUGCUGAAGAAGGAUGUGAUUUGCAAGAAAUACAACCUGUAGAUCUUGGGGAAAUGGAAACAGAAUUCACAGAAAGCAGCUCCGAGUCCCAGACAAGUUCACAGGAUAACUUUGAUAUGUACGCUGGCACACCCACCAAAGUCAGACAUGUAGACUGCCAAGUGGAGGAUGAGUUUGAUUUGGACGCUUGUUUAACUGAACCCUUGAAAGACUUCUCUGCCAUGAGUUAACUGCCACCUGGUGGCAACUCUCGGAAAUACUUGGCUCUGCCUAGCCAUCUGCAAAGCUGGUUAAGCAUGGGCUGCUGUGCAUUUGUAUUUUUUUUUUCUCUGUUAAGAGUUUAUUUUCUCAUGAUAAAUUGUUUUUCUUGCCUUAUUUUAUGUAUGGUGAGUGUUACACAUGUUUUAAGUUGUAAAUGAAGCCAAACCUGGUGAAGACUGAACCCUAUUGUCCACCCUCCUGCGCCCCCAAGUUAGACAACAGGAUACUUGUAGUUUUCCACGAGAACUUGAGGCUUCAGUUGCCACUUUUCAGAUGGGUUGGCGGUGGAUUUUAACCAUUUGUUUAUGGGACCAAUCCAGAGUCAGCUGUCUUUCUAGGUAACUGAUUGAGUAUUCUCUCAGUCAGGCAGCUCCAGUGACUUUGUAAAAACUUAUUUUCUGGUCUUUUAUCAAUGUGAAUGUAGUUUUCUCUCAUACAGAGCUCUGAACAAAAAUGUUAAGCUGUUAUAUUAAUGGGCUUUAUGUAAGUUAUAUAGUGUUAAUUUGGAACUUGGAAUAGCACUAGUGUGAGGUAGGAUCUUAGCAUGUGCUCUGAGAAUUGAGGCAGAAGAGAGGGAUUUAGAACUUUUUUUUUAAUGAUCAGUUAAUUUACCAUGUAAUAUUGCUGUAAAUGAUAAUGUGUACAGAUACUCUGUUCAUGUAUUCAAUUGUAAACUUGUCGAUAUUUGCAUUUCUAUUGCUUUUGUAUGGGAUGUUAAUUGCAAAAAUAAAAGAUGUUUUAACUGA